CAUGCCCGCAAUGGCGGACUUGUUCGCACGGUAUCGUGAGUUCGUGAAGGCGAAUCCUGCUCUAGCCACCGAACUCGAGACUGUACUUCGCUGGAUCUCCUACUUCACGGCAGGUCGAUUUGGCAAGUCGGCCGUUGUUGCCGAGUUCCUUUAUUCCUCGUCCAGUUUGCUGACACUCCUCAAUGACCUCAUUCUGCGACAUGCCGCCGAUGUUCCUGUGCACUUGGACCGAGCCGUGGAACGGCUCCAGUCAUGCCUGGCUGUUGUCGAGUAUGUCGAGGUGUUUGCCGAGUUGGCUGCGCUGCACCUUCGCGGGGACCUGGCGCGGUGGGUGGCUGUUGCCAUCGUCCAAACGCUCAAGGCAUGCCUUCGGUUGGUACUCCUCCUCUACCACAGACAGGGGCUUCAGUGCAGCCCCAGUGUUGCCCCCUUUGACCGAAAACUGGCCCGUGGUGACCCGGCUGCUGCCCAGCCUUGCUAUGAGCUGCGACACAGUAGACGGCCACUGCGCACCUUGGCUGCAGCGCCACCUGUGUCAAGAAGACAGUGGCGCCCUCCUGCAGCACCCCUGGGUGCAGGCGUGGCCACAGCCAGCCCAAAGCCUCUGCAAGGGUUCGAGUUAGCUGCAGAGGUUGCCCAUGUCGUGAGGCCACUUGCACACCUAUCGGCCGUUGGCCUAUGCGGCCGUUCCUCUUGGACACCUUGGCUGAUGGCAGCUGGUCUGGACGUGGCCAGUUUGCAGGUUCUGUCGCGGACACGUGCUACUCUGCAGCCGCGGGAGCGGCUCGAGUUGAGUCGUCGUCUGCUGCAGCUGACGCUGUACCUGGUACGGUCUCCCUUCUACGAGCGCAUCUCCCAGCGUCGCAUUUCUCUCGCCCUCCGAGCGCUUGGCGACUCGGUGCCCCUGCUCGGCUGGAUCACCAGGCCGCUGGCAGACUACAUUCCCGAGUGGCAGAGCACAUACUGCCACAACUGGGCCUCCUAGGGACACAACCUGUGGCCACCUGUCUGCAACACCUGAACAGCACUUGAAGACAGCUGCUCACACAACCGUGUCAUGCUCUGUGAACGAAACUACGGCAGCCUCGCUGUUAGCGCGCCCCGUGCUCUUGGGUUGCCAUCGCGAAGCCACACCCUUCCUGAACAGCUUGAUGCCAUUGUGAACAGACGGGCAUCAUCAGCGGUGUUUCGUUUGUACUAACGAGUGACUCAGCAGUUGUUAGCUAUGCCAUGGCUGUUAUCAUGGCUGCUCUUGACGAAGGUACAGAUUUCUGCACCUUUGUCAGGCAUGAAGGUAGCAAUGAUUGGAUCAGAAUUUAUUGGGUUAUUCAUUAGCUGCACCAUACAUUAUAUAUACAGCAUGUGGCUGUCACGGCGGAUAAUUAUUCCAGGCGUCAUGUUACAAUAACAUAUAAUGUACAACAACAACGGUUAUUGCUGCUGCUCAUUUUACUCUAAUUCGUUCAGUAUCUUUCGGGCAGAUUGAAAACAGGCAAUACGUCAAAACCAACACGACACUUACCUUUAAGUAUGCACGUUUGUGCAGUAUACUACGGUAAGAGUGAUGUCCUGCUUACUGAAAUCUGUGAGAUCUUAAUCUUUUCUGCUUUGUUUUCUUUGCUGCCUCGUGCGUGGAUUUCUAUUUUAACAAUCGCCAUUUUCUUUGCCAGGCCCUCUUUUGCCAGGCUGAACGUGAGCAACUGCUCAUAUUAAAUUAUUUGCAUAAACCAGCAGUUUUGUCAGCCAAGCUGAAACAGUGAGCAAGUCAGAGUGAUCUAUCAGAGGCAUGCAUUUUAUGUCCUACACGAGCAAGCUCAGGAUUUGUGUUCGGACCCUGGUCAGGUCAUUCGUGUGUAAGAAGUGUGCAGCAGUUGUAUCAACAUGCAUUAUGCAUUCGCACAGCCCCAUGUUGUGGGAAGAAUCACACUUUCUCUCCAUAAUAGACGGCUUGCUUGAAAGCACCAUUGUAUAGGAGCAUAUGUGGUUUAUAUGUCAUUCUUACUUUUUUCAUGCCAAGGUUCCGCUUGGGAAAUGGGGCUCAAAGUGUUGCUGCUUUAUCACGAGCCCAAGGUGAAUCGCUCUUAUAUAUUGAAACAUGUGGCUAGUAUUUGUUUUGGCACCACAUUGCGAAACUACUAUUACUAUAUUUUUGCCGCUUCUGGCUGAAUAAAUGAACUGACAAAUAAAAAAAUUUAAGGAUGCUAUA